UUGAAAUAGCAAAGGGAACAAGUUUCAAUUUGCUGGACCUAUUAUUGAUUUCUAAUACACAUAAUGAUUCUUCUGAAUAUAUUGAAGGUGAACAACCUAUGAAUAAUGAUGAAAUUAGAAGUAAUCUUGCCGAAGUUACAGCUGCUUUCAUUGAAACGACUGCUUCUGCACUUAGUUUCCUUAUCUAUAAUGUUGCUAAAAAUCCAUCAAUUCUUAAAAAUAUUCACGAAGAAAUUUUUAAAGUCUUUGGUUCAGAUAUAAACUCGGUCGUUACUUACGACAAUCUUGAAAAAUGUCAUUAUAUAACAGCAUUGAUCAAGGAAACAUUACGUCAUACAAGUCCAGCGCCAAUAAAUGUACGUGCUCUUGAAGGUGAAGGAAACACAGAUAAAUACC